CGGUGCGCUCCGAGGGGAGCACAUCAUCACUUUAAACGCACCACUGAAGGAGCGCUCGCAGCGAGCACGGGCGCACAGGGAAUACCUUGUUACACCGGAGGAAAACUGUGUCGAUCUUUGUAAGUUCCCGAAAAAAACAACCUCUAAGUUGAAAAAACUUACUUUGUUUGAAGCUGAUACGACUGUGGCAGUUUGGCGAGGUGGUUGCGGUCAUUACGCACGAAAGCAAUAGCUAAUCUCAAUGUCUGGCAGGAGAGCUGGAGCUCAGAAGCGUGUGGUUUAGUUUUCCUUAUGGUUUUUGUUUAAAGAUUCACAUGAACCAACAUCUUCCUCUGACUCCAAGUUCUUGACUGUGCGCCACUGAAGCGAAGUCGCGUGUUUUGCUGCUGAUAACCCACAAGGAAGCAUGAAUGUUUCUCUUUUCAACAUGACCCAGGGCGCGCUGUUUAAUGGAAGCCAGACCCUCGCCGAGGCGCUUGAUACAUAUUCAAGUAACAGCUCAGAGACCGUGAUGACCGGUGAUGGCGGAGGGUCCCUGGUGCUGCUGCAGGAUGAGCGCAAAGUCUUUGUCAUGCGUGUGGUCCAGAUCGCGGUGCUGUGCGUCCUGUCGCUCACCGUAAUGUUCGGCAUUUUUUUCCUCGGAUGCAACCUGAUGAUCAAAUCAGAAAGCAUGAUUAACUUUCUGGUAAAGGACCGGAGACCUUCCAAAGACGUGGAAACUGUCAUGAUUGGGCUCGGCUAGAGGACAGAUCUCAGGUGCUGUGGGAGACCCAGACUGGGGAUUUGGUGCGGAUUUUAGGAUCUGUAUCUGCAGGUACCCAUCGAAAAUGCUUGAUGCGUGUCAAAAGGAACGAUAUGCAAAGAACUUUACAUUUCAUUCCGAAAACUGACAACAGGAAAGUAUUCCUAAACGACCAAUGUUUGUGCGUAAAGUUUGUGCGUAAACUUCAGACAGUUGUUUACACGUUUACAACGAUUUCUUAAAUAUUUGCAGUGGUUUUGAUAUUGCCAACUUGAAAAAAGUAACCAUAAUGUUUACAAGCUGUUACCUCAUGUUUUGUUUUUCUUUCUCUUAAAAGGAUUGCUUUAAGAGUAUAUCUGCAAGCAUGAUUGCUAUUUCUUAUCGUUUUACGCCUGCCAGUGUAAUCCGUGGACGUAAUGUAGGUAUUUUCUCAAGACAAAGUAUUUGUUUUGUUCUCGUUGGGUAAAAACACUUUAAAAUGCAGAUAUUUUGUAGAUUAUUUUUGAAAAAAGAAAUCCUCAGUGACAGCUUGAGGGAGUGAUUGUAUUACUGUGAUUGUAUUAGCAUGCUCGCAGACUGAUCUGUAAAGUGAUUUUUUGACACGUUUUGCACUUUUGAAAUGACCGAUGCUGCAUGAAAUACUUUGUACCAAAGUGUCGAAACUGCAGCAUGCAAUUAAAUAUUGAAACUCCCUU